UUUCUUUCUGUUCUCUGUACGCCUCGGUGUAAGUUUGGUCAUAGGUAUUUCCAUGUUAAUUAUUCAGUGUGUGGACAGGAGAGUUAUAUUUGUAACUUUAGAGAAGUGGAAUGUGUAGUUUUGAGAGGACGCUUCAGUUGACUGUGCUCCGACGGAAAGAAUAUUUGUUGAUUACAGGACUACCUAAAGGAGAAAACGAUAUUUGACCUAACACAUGAUGACAAAGAGCUGGAAACUUUUGGUCGUCUGCGUGUGUGCGUGUCUGGCGUUCCUGGCGGGAAGAGCGCGUGCAGACUACGAAUUCUGCCGAGACGACAACCAGAACUAUGUGGCCUGUCAGCCGGACAUGUUCGACGUCAUUUCAGACAGGGUCAAGGUCACUGUGGACCCCCCGACUGCAACCUGUGGCACCCCCGCCUCGACUUUCAGACGUCUUGGUGCUAGGACCCCGGCGACGGAGCGGUGUGACGGUGCCAGCCCUACUCUGAGGCACCCACCGGAGUACAUCGUGGACGACAACAUCACCAGCUGGUGGCAGAGUAUUGGUGAGCCGCCCGGCACGGUGAACCAUGAGUUUCACGUCAACAUCACCUUGUCUUUCAACAAGUCGUUCCAAAUGGAGAGUGACGUCAUCAUAACCUUCAACUCGAACCGGCCGGACAAGAUGGUGCUGGAGAGGUCGGUGGACUUUGGCCAGACGUGGCAGCCCCUGCAGUUCUACGCCCGAAACUGUGAAGACUUCCAGGACCAGCUGCAGCCGGGGGCCGUGAUAACGGCUGAUAAUCCCACGGCUGUGGUGUGUGAUAGCUCAUAUGCGGAGACACAGCCCCGUGCAAGUCCAGGCAGAGCCGUGAAAUUCGUCAACGAAAACCGCUUUGAUCUAUUUUUAGGUCCACUAGGAUUAAAUUACACCUCGUUUUACGAAGCGCUGGAAACUAAAAUGCUGGGGUUUUUACUUUUUACCGAUCUAAGAAUCCGGUUGAUGCAACCUUUGUGGGACGACCGCGGAAAUUACGACAUGUAUUACUACGCCAUAUCGGAUUUUCAGGCUGCCGGGAGGUGCUUCUGUAAUCUUCACGCAUCCAACUGUAACGUGACGUCAACCGGCGACACCAUCUGUGACUGCGACCACAACACGGCAGGGAAAAAUUGCGAAGAGUGCCUUCCCUUGUACAACGAGAAGCCUUGGAAAAGGGGGAGCUUCCUGCCAUACCCAACUGGUUCGGCCAACGAGUGUUUAAAGUGCGAAUGUAACUAUCACGCCAUCAAGUGCACCUACAACGCCAGCUACGGCCGGGGAGUGUGCGACAGCUGCCUCCACAACACCAACGGCUACCACUGCCAGCUGUGCGCGGCCACCUUCUACCCUAACAUGUCGCUGGCUUUAAGUGACCUCAACAGGUGUAUAGCUUGUAAUUGUGAGGUUCUGGGUGUAGUGGACAACAACCUCACCUGCUCGCAGACAGACACGCCCCCAAGUCCCAUUGGCCAGUGCUACUGUAAGAAUCUAGUGACAGGACGGAGAUGCGACUCUUGUGUUCCGGGGUAUUACGGUCUGAUCUCUGGCCCCACCCCGGGGAACUGCACACCAUGCAACUGCAACUUGGAUGGCACAGUCGGACAAAGUAACACGUGUAACCAAACGAGCGGUCAAUGUCCGUGCAAGCCAAACAUAGAGGGCGUGACGUGCAACGCCUGUAAAAAUGGAUUCUUCUCGUUCCCAACAGGACAAAGUCAGAGGGACUGCUAUGCUUGUAACUGUGACAAAGGGGGAUCACUCUCUCCAACCUGUGAUAAAACAUUGGGUACUUGCUCAUGCAGAAGGAAUAUUACUGGCGACAAAUGCAACCAAACUCUUGAAGGCUAUAGCAUUCCUGCUGUGGACACCUUGACCUUUCAACCAACAGCUGGAGCGUGCAAGCUGACCAGCGACGUGCUCACCAAAACAGCACCUUUUGAUGGCACCGUGUUCUCUGUGUGUGACCUUAGCACCAAAGAUGUCACUUUGGAUUUUGAGGGGGUCAAGGGUGGAAUGAUACAGAGAGCUAUACAGUGGCCCUACUAUGUAGCAGUGAGACAUUCUGUAAACGUCACAACUGUAACUGGGACUGUCAAAGUCCAGGUGGUAGGGAACACAGCAGAAAACCUGACCGCCCUCAACUCUUUACUAGGUCAGACUUAUGCACCUGUAUGUCCAACUGCUGCUAAUGAAACCAGUCAAAUCCAUGUGCAGUUUUCCGCAGGAAUAUCAACAAGUGCUGUCUCAUUCCAAGAGAUGAUAACUCUAGAUGCUAGAUGUAAAUACUCUCUGACCCUUGACCUGCACCAGAAUGUGACCUCAGAUCAGUCUUCCAACACAUUUUCAGGGCUUACUCAAGCAAACUUUGGAGCUGUUAUAACAAUUGACUCCGUAGUUUUCUUACCUGCUUUGUCCAGUGCUGAUAAUUCCACUCAAUAUCUAGUUUACAAAAAUGCAGAUAACCAAACAAUGAUACAGGAAACUUUCAUCAGUUGCUUGCAACAGAUGUCCUCCCUUGUGACUCAGCAGUCUGCCCUUGCUAACUCCCCUUGUAAGGAGCUCUUGUAUUCAGUAGGAGCAGAGUUGUAUGAUGGCUCAGUUGCGUGUGAGUGCAAUCCAGUCAGCAGUCUAAGCUCAACGUGUCAAGGACUUGGUGGUCAGUGCCUGUGUAAGCCAGGUGUUUCAGGACGCACCUGCGGCAUCUGCACACCCGGCUACUUUAACUUCACCGCUGAUGGGUGCAUGCCCUGCAACUGCCAUGUCAAGGGGUCAGAAAAUGGAGCAUGUGACCACACAACAGGACAGUGUCUGUGCAGGCCAAAUAUCUUGACCCUGACUGACAAAGCAGCAACGACAGCCAACGCAACCCUGGUCAUUGAUGGCACCUGCAGCUCUUGUCUGCCGAACUAUUAUGGCAUCAACAGUGGCAAUGGCUGCACUUCCUGUCAGUGUAACUCCCAGGGUUCCCUGCACUUGCAGUGUGAUGAGACAGGACAAUGUGUGUGCAAGGACUCAGUGAUGGGGACAAAAUGUGACCAAUGUAAACCUGGGUUUUACGGCUUUGGUCCAAAUGGCUGUUUGCCCUGCAACUGUUCAGGCUCAGGUUCAACUGGCACCAACUGCAGCCAGACAACAGGAACUUGUACCUGCAAGUCUAAUGUUGUUGGGGACAAAUGUGACACCUGUAAACUGGGAUACUUCAACCUGGCUGCGUACAACCCAAGCGGCUGUCAGCCAUGUUUUUGUUAUGAUCACAGUUCAAACUGUACAUCAGCCCCUGGGUAUCAAGCCAAAUUGCUGCAGGUGACCAACCCAUCUUCACCAUCAGACCUGUCUUCUCUCCUGGGGGAUCUCCAUUCCUCCUAUGGCCUGACAGUAAUGUUAAGUCUUAAAGCAACACCAAAUCUUGAUCUAACCAAUGAAAUUUUGCUUAACCUUGUUGGUGAUGGGAAAACAAUUUUCCAUGUGGCCGGCAAUAAUUCCAAAACAAAUGCCAAUGGUGUUCUUGUUUACACAACUCGACUCUUUGAGCAGAACUGGAUCUUUGAUAGUCAACAACAAUCUCUCAUACCCACUGCCCGUGACAUUUUAGGAAUUUUGGCCAAUUUGACCAAAAUAUCAGUCAUCUCCCUUGUGAGGGGACAAACCAUCAGUGUGUCCAGUAUAUCAAUAGAGUCGGCAAUGAAAAAAUCUACCGGAGAUUCACCAGACGUUCACACUGUGGAGCAGUGUACAUGUUCACUUUCAACAAAUACUGGAGGUUUAUCCUGUGAGAGAUGUGCCACUGGCUACAUGAGGUCCAACUCCACUCAACUCUCAAGUUAUGGCUCAUGUAUGGCCUGUGACUGCAACCAACGAGGGACCACAACUCCACCAGAGUGUAACGAGCUGACUGGUGUUUGCCUCAACUGUAGGAAUGGGACAACUGGGGAUCAUUGCCAGUUAUGUGCUGCUCAUGUUCUUGGGCCAGAUUGUAAUCAAUGUGAAAUUACAUACUGGGGUUUGCAGGCUGAUGGCUGUAGGGCUUGCAAUUGUAGUGACCUCGGGUCAACUUCAAAAGAGUGUAACCAGACCUCUGGGCAGUGCACAUGUAAUCCAAAUGUGACUGGGCGAACAUGCAACCAGUGUCAAGAAAACUUCCAAGGUCUUUCAGCAAACGGAUGUUUUGAAUGUGACAGCUGCUACUCCUUGGUUCUGGAAGCCGUGAAAAAAGUUCGGGAACUCAAGGCAGAGAUUGACUCAAAUAUUACUUUGUUGGAGAGUAAAGACAGCAGUAAAAACCUUGGGACAUUUACUAACAGAUAUUUGGCAGCAGACAAGCAGUCGAAACAACUGGCUGAAUUUCUGACGUCAGUACAAGUUUCCGAACAAGUAAUAAUUUCAAAUAUCAGCUCCCUAAACCAAUCAGUGUUGUCCCUUGAAAGGAGGAUCAGUACAAUACAGUUCAACUCUACUGUGGAGAUAGAAAAAACAUUGACAUACAUUUAUAGUCUGAUCCCAACUGUGAGGUCAUACAGAGAAAUUUUAGACACCAAUGUCUUAGCUGUCUAUAACAAAAUGGCCCAACUAACUGAAAAACAAGUUACGCUAAAUAACUUGGCCAACAGUUUAAAAUCUGCUGAAACUUAUCUGAUGACAGUAGCCAACUCCUCUGCUACAGACCAAAGAAUCCUCAAUGAACUAGCUGCACUGAAUAACACAGUAUCACAGGCUAAUCUGUUGGUUCAAACAGCUCAAAAGAAUGCUGAUGAUGCCAAAUUGGUCCAUCAGAACAAUACAGCCAUGGCCCUAGAAAUAGAAACUAGACUAAUUUACUUAGCAUCAGCAGCCACAAAACUUUUGAACAGUGCUGCAGACAUCAUGGGAAGAAAUAAUGAAAUUAAAAAUACAGUGAUAAAGCUAGGAGAUAAGUUGAGGGAACUUGCUAACUACAAAGUGGACUACAUUAGCAUAGCAAGUAGGAUAUCAAAUCUUAGAGCUACAAUUUCAUCAUCUCAGUCCGCGAUCACAUUCCAAGCUACUACUUUUGCCGCCACUAACAUGAAAGCUUUAGCCACUGUCCCACUGGUGGAGGACCUAGUCAACCAGACACGCACUCUAGGAAACAAGUCCGCAGAAUGGAGAACUAGGUCAAGGGCAGCUGAGCAGAAGGCAACUCUAAUCCAGAAUCAAGUUACUAGUCUUUUCAAAGAUGCUAAUGAGACUUUAAUCAUAGUUAAAGACUUUGAUGUCAAGAUAGCAGGUGCCAAGCAGAAGCUGAACUCAUCCCAAGAAAAAGUGUUGCCUGCGUUGGCUCUGAGCCAGGAUCUGCUGGCCAAAUGUGAGAACCUUAGCCAGACAAUCCAGCAGCUGCAGCAGACGGCAUCGGCUGCCAAGGAAACAUCCAGCCAGGCCCUGCUGAUCAUCCAGAACAAGCUGAAGGAGUUGCAGAAGAUAUCCACUGAAUCCGAACUUCUGAAAUCACAUUUAGCCAGCCUGCAGGACUCCAGUGUGGAGAAAUACAAAAUUUUGAAUGACACCAAGACAAACAUUUUAGCUCCAGCCCAACAGAAUUGCCAAUCUGGCAACUCAACAUUGGCCAGCUUUCAGACACAGCUUCAGACAACCCAGCAAGACACCACAGCUGCUGAAAUCAAGAUAGCAAAUGUCACCCAGCGGGCUAAUGAGAUGUUUAAGCGGCUGAAGAAUUUGAAUAAAAUUGACACGGCUACAGUCGUUAUGAUCCUCGACAAAGCUGUAAAAGCUCAGUCGGACCUCAAAUUUGAUGAACUGAGUCUGGCUAUUUCUGACCUGCAGACCAAACAAUUCAUUCAGCAAAAUGAAAUCAGCCGAUUAAAAUUGUUGAAAGAUGAUUUGAAGACAAAAAUUGAAAGUCUAAAGGUGGUUCAGCGUCAAAUAAGUACAGUUUAGCAAGGACCUGCCACAAAUAAAAAUGCCGUUUAUGUUAGUUUCUUAUCUUAAACUGAAAAUGACAGAAAAUAUAUUUAUCAUGUUUAUUUUGAUUUGUUGCAUUGUCUUUGAGCAAACUUACAGAUAUUUGAAAUGAUAAUAAUUGGCUAGUUUUUUCCAAUGUAGUGCAUAGUUUUAUUUGUUACUUUAUUUUAAAAAUAAGCAGCCAAGAUUGGAAGGGAUUCACUUACUUAUAUAAACACUCACUUCUUAAGCCUGUCAUUGCACAUAUUAUAGCUAAAAAUAAUACACGUUAUCAGUGCAUGGUUUAUAAAUAGCUGGCAGUCCUCAAGUUUAGAAUCCCACUGUUGAAAACAACAUAUGUUUCAAGAUUGUCACAUUAGUUCAAAGCCAAUCAAGAAUGUUUUAGUGAAAGUAUUGAACCAACACAACAGGUGUAAAGGUUAAACAAGAUUUUCAAAGGCAGUUAAUUUAUUUGUAUUGGCUUAAAUUUAAACCUUAAAUUUAAAACAGCUAAAGUUAUAGUUUUUAAGUCAACUUUCUUAUCAUAUCUUGCUGAAAUAAAUGUGAUAAUGAAUUUGUAAAAUAAAGAUGUGAUGCUUAACUUUGCAAUUUUGUAAUACAUAAAAAUAAAAAACAGAAGCAAAAAUUUGACUGUAGACGGUUAAAGAAUGGAAAAGUUUAAAAAAUAUUGUAGAUAUUGUUGUACUGUGGAUUCUUUACAAUUAUUUAUUAAUUUAUUCCAGCAUUUUCGGUACACAAUUUUCACUUUAUAAAUUAUUUAUUCCAUUUUAAAAUAUUUUUUGAUAAAAAUGUUACACUGAUCUCAAAUAAAAUAUUUAAUUUUUGUAAAUAUUUGUAUUUUUUUUGUUGGUAUGUCUAACAUUUUAAAAAUUUGAAAAAAGAUCAUUAUCCGAUAUAAAUUUCAUGGUAAUGUAUUGCUAAAUUUGUUUAAGUCUUUUUCAUGUUGAAAAUGUUUAAUUUUGUGUCUUAAGACUAAAAACUCAAACAGCUGUGCUGUAAAAAAGUUUUGUACAUCAAAUUUGUUGAACAAAAAAAAUAAAACCCUGAAAUUUUAAAUUAAACUUUUAAAGAUGAAUUUUUGUUUUUAAUUAUUACUUCUAUUUUUUUUUUAAUGGAUUAGAUACAAAAACUUUUCAAAUGGGAUGUUGUGUUUUUGUAGCUGAACAUGUUUUAUUUGCC